AUGGAUUCUACUAAUCCAUAUAGUCAUACCUCCAAUUUCGUGGACCUUUUGAACUGUCAACAAGAUUGUAACCUUCCUGAACCCUUUCCUUAUGAAUACGAUUCACAAAUCCCUGUGUUCAGUACUCAAGCAACUGAAACUUCAAGCUUUUGUGAAGAGUCUCGUUCAGAGCGCAAAGAAAGAAGAAAAUGGACUCCCUCUGAUGAUCUAGUGCUCAUUAGCGCCUGGUUAAACACCAGCAAGGAUUCUGUCAUCAGCAAUGAGCAAAAAUCAAGUACUUUCUGGGGUCGCAUUGCCGCUUACUAUGCAGCUAGUCCAAAGGUGGCAGGAGGUGAUAAGCCAGAACCUCUUCAGUGUAAGAAAAGGUGGCAGAAGCUGAAUGAUCUUGUUUGUAAGUUCUGUGGAUCAUAUGCGACAGCAACAAGACAGAAAACUAGUGGUCAGAGUGAGAGUGAUGUUGUGAAACUGGCACACUCUAUCUUUUUCAAUGAUCACAAGAUUAAGUUUAACCUCCACCAUGAUUGGGAGGAGCUCCGCUAUGACCAGAAAUGGUGUGAGCAUGCUACUAGUAAGGUUGGUGGAAGCACAAAGAAGAGAAAGUGCGACGAUGGAGCAGAAACAUCAAGCUCUCAAGCAACUAUCAAUCUAGAUGAGGAACCGACCAAACGUCCAGCUGGGGUGAAGGCUUCGAAAGCAGCUUCUGCAAAGAAACCAGUAGUAGAUAAUGAGGUUGCGUUAAAGUUUCAGGCCAUGUGCUCUAUUAAAGAGAAAAAAUUGGUCCUGAAAGAGAGAGUUUCGAAAAUGACUCUGCUUAACAGCCUCAUUUCAAAAACAGACCCACUUUCUGAAAUAGAAGAAGCAGUAAAGACUAAGCUUCUUACAGAGAUGCUGGGUAACUAG